CGUGAGAGAAGCGACGGCGCAUCGCGGUGCGGCGCAGCUCCGGCUCCCCUUUCCCCCUGGCCGGGCGAGAGGUGUCUAUGGGGCACCCGCUGCCGCCGCCACCGCUACCGCCGCCGCCACUGCCGCCGGGUGCUGUCUCUAUGGCGAGGAGGAGGAGGUGGAGCGCGAGCUCAGCGACGCAAGUACAUAAAUAAAGGAUAAAGUAUUUUAUGAAACAAAUCUUCAAUCAAGUGUAACAUUUUGAUGCUUGGCAUCUAGACUCUUGUGCCCUCACUAUGCCAGCAGCAACUGUAGAUAAUAGCCAAAGAAUUUGUGAAGUUUGGGCUUGCAACCUGGAUGAAGAGAUGAAGAAAAUUCGUCAAGUUAUCCGGAAGUAUAAUUACGUUGCUAUGGACACCGAGUUUCCAGGUGUGGUUGCAAGACCUAUUGGUGAAUUCAGGAGCAAUGCUGACUAUCAGUACCAACUGCUGCGGUGUAACGUAGACUUGCUAAAGAUAAUUCAGCUAGGACUGACCUUUAUGAAUGAGCAAGGAGAAUACCCGCCAGGAACUUCAACUUGGCAGUUUAAUUUUAAAUUUAAUUUGACGGAGGACAUGUAUGCCCAGGACUCAAUAGAGCUGCUAACAACAUCUGGUAUCCAAUUUAAAAAACAUGAAGAGGAAGGAAUUGAGACCCAGUACUUUGCAGAACUUCUAAUGACUUCCGGAGUGGUCCUUUGUGAAGGGGUCAAAUGGCUAUCAUUUCAUAGCGGUUAUGACUUUGGCUAUUUAAUAAAAAUCCUGACAAACUCUAAUUUGCCUGAAGAAGAACUUGACUUCUUUGAGAUCCUUCGGUUGUUUUUUCCUGUCAUUUAUGACGUGAAGUACCUCAUGAAGAGCUGCAAAAAUCUCAAGGGUGGAUUGCAAGAAGUUGCUGAACAGUUAGAGCUGGAACGGAUAGGACCACAGCAUCAGGCAGGAUCUGAUUCAUUGCUCACAGGAAUGGCCUUUUUCAAAAUGAGAGAAAUGUUCUUUGAAGAUCAUAUUGAUGAUGCCAAAUAUUGUGGUCAUUUGUAUGGCCUUGGUUCUGGUUCAUCCUAUGUACAGAACGGCACAGGGAAUGCAUAUGAAGAGGAAGCCAACAAGCAGUCAUGACAAGAAAUAGUCCUUUUAUUUUAUUUGAGCUACACACAUGCUUGUAUAUAGGUUUUAAUCUCUGGUUGAAUCCCCUGAACAAUAGAAGACACUUUACCCCCUUUCAUAGCCCAUUUUAUUUCCUGUCUUUCAGUACUAAAUAUGACCAUUCCUAAGAUCUCAAUAAAUAGAAAUGCAUUCAGGUUAAAUUUGGCCUUAAUUUAAUACACUUGCUAGCAAGCGUGUGACAGUGUGGGGAAAGCUACAUUAUACUGAAUAUUUUGAUAAACUUUACCAACUUACGAUUUGUUUUUCCCUUUUCCUGAAUUAACUAGCACUGACUGUAAUUUAUUUCCCUGUUUCAUAUCUCCCCUCCGUUCUACAGGAGUUUUAGCUAUUUGAGAUUGUGGACCAUCAAUUUUGCACUUUAGAGAGUGAUUCUGACCCAAAUCCUGUGUUUCAUCAGAAAUUUUGGUUUUUCUUGCUCUUAGGUGGGAAUAUGACCAUCUGCCAAUUUAUACAAUAUUUACUUGUUUUUGCACCACAAAGUACACCACUUUUUUUGUGCAAAUUGAUUAAGCAAGACUAACAAAAAAGACAAGGAAACACUGAGGAGCUUAAUAACUGCUGUUUCUUCUGUAUGUAGUGUUUAAUCUUCCAAGCACAUCUGCUGUCUGUCAGUUUCUAAUUGGCUUAUGUAGGCUGCUCUGUGACUGAAGAAUUUUCAAACCAGCUUUACACCCUUCAGGAAAAAUCCCUUGUGAUUGGACAUUUAGUAUUUUCCGGGAAACUGGAUUUCAACAUUGAAGAUGCAGUUUGCUUUAUGAUAGCACAUUUCCCUUGAUCUGUUUAUUAUUACAUCACUGUUUACUCUUAGUUUUUAUUUAUAACCAUACUUAUAGUAUCCUUGAUUUGUAGUUACACAAAUCAAUUUCAUUUAAAGUCCAAAGAAACAAGUCUUUAGGUAUAUUUUAUAUCAAAAAGAAAAAAUUGUGCUUUCAUAGUUCCUACAAAGUUAAAUAAUGGAAAAAUUUGGUGCAAAACAAAACACAAAUAUAUAUAUAUAUACAUAAAUGUAUAACUAAUAAAACUACCUGAGGAGUGUAAUGCUUGUUUAUUUUUUUGUGUAUAUCUUUGCAAUCUAUUUUAUAUAUUUUGACAAAAGGAGACUGUGAAAUAUUUAGCCAUGCAGAAUGUGUGACCAGACCGGAGCAUGUGCAGGAAGACUUUUUGGUAAUCAUUAACUCUACCUUGAGAUGAUGGACUCCAAGUUAUAAUGUGUGCCAUCCGCACUUCAGUCAGUAACAUUAGCGAAUCUCCAAAUGUUAGCCACAGCGGUUCUCCCCUGUACGGUCUUUAUCCUGAUACUAUAAUACUGUAACUGGGUGGUCCUUUUUAAACAAAACGUGAUUUGCAAAAUAGAGGGUAUUAUUUGUUUUUAAAGCUUUUGUAAAUAAAGGCUUCAGAAAUGUUUUCUUACA